UUGAAACCCUAAACGGUUUUCCUGCCGAGGGAGAGAGAGAGAGGGAGAGGGAGAGGGAGAGGGAGAGGUGUAGAAAGAGAAGGGAAGAUGCCGGCGGGUCACGGUCUGAGGUCUAGGACGAGGGAUUUGUUCUCUCGGCCGUUCAGGAAGAAGGGGUACAUCCCAUUGACGACGUACCUGAGGACUUACCGUAUUGGAGACUACGUCGACAUCAAGGUGAACGGUGCCGUGCACAAGGGCAUGCCCCAUAAAUUCUACCAUGGCCGCACCGGGAAGGUCUGGAACGUCACCAAACGAGCCAUCGGUGUCGAAGUCAACAAACAGGUGGGCAAUAGAAUAAUUCGUAAGAGGAUUCAUGUGCGGGUAGAACAUGUGCUACCAUCAAGGUGCACUGAGGACUUCAAAAGGCGCAAGUUCCAGAAUGACCAACUAAAGGCUGAGGCCAAAGCCCGAGGUGAGGUGAUUAGCACGAAGAGGCAGCCUGAAGGACCUAAACCAGGGUUCAUGGUGGAAGGUGCCACGUUGGAAACUGUCACCCCCAUCCCAUAUGAUGUUGUGAAUGAUCUCAAAGGAGGUUACUAGGUCAGCAGUUCCUCUUGGUUUUGCUUGUCUAUUAUUUUUUUCUUUUUGUGGACAUUUUAUGCCCCCAGUUAUUGAGAUCAGAGCUUCGUUUUUGUCAAGUUUUUUGUUGUUUUGACUUGAUAGGCAACAUAUAUACCCUACCUUUUCCAUUAGAUGCAAGAGACUUUUUCAUAAUUUAUGACUUGUUCGUCAUUCUGAUGCCAGCCAGUUAGUUGGUCUCGCAUAGGAAUUUCUUUACUCCAAGAUUUUUUCCAUGCCAGAGGCUGAUUGGGUUGGAUGCAUAAUAUUUUGCAUAUCUAUUUAAAGAAUUGUUGAUUGGGUUGGUAUUA